AUGUUCUUUAAUGUGCCUGCGAGAGAUAGAUCACCAGGUGCUGGGAAUCAAGAGCAGCGUGCAAAGUACAAUGGGAUUAUCAAGACGUUCAACACCGUGUUAGCAGACCACGUGGCCAAGUUCCAAAGCGAUCAUCCGGAUGCAAAUGUGAUAAGCAUUGAUGCAUUUGCGCUAUUUAACAAGUAUCUUGAUCAAGCCAAGGAGUUAGGUUUCAAGGACAUCUCCAGCUUUUGUCCCAAUUCGACUGCACCCGACUUUAAUACCAAUUACGAGAAAUAUGGAUGUCUUGCCCCUUACGAGUAA